CUUCCUGUGAGGGAUUGUCUGUAAGAUAUUCAUUAUCCAUGUAGCCAGUUCUCUCGGAGUCCAAGACAACUACAACGUUCUAAUGGAUGACGACGACAAUGCGUUCGCCAUUGUCGGCGUGGGGUGUAAGUUUCCUGGAGCUGAGAACCUGGAUGAGUUUUGGAGGGUUCUACUUAAUGGCGAAAAUCACGUGAUUCAGAUCCCUCCAGAACGCUGGAACGUGGACGCUUUUUACAAUGAAGACCCCAUGGAACCAGGCAAGACCAAUGUCAGGCGGGCAGGAUUCAUCCGCAAGUAUGAUAUGUGGGACAAUAAGCUAUUUGGAGUCAGUCAGGUGGAGACGGCUAGAAUCGACCCCCAGCAAAGAUUUGUACUGGACUGUGUCCAUAUGGCCAUGGAGGAUGGAGGCAUUACGAGAGAAGAUCUCAAUGAGACGGACACCGGAGUAUAUAUAGGCGCCAUGAACGACGACUACCGAGAGUCGGCCAACGACGAGUUGACAGCCAUGACGAAUUACACGCUGACUGGUUCCAGCCUCAGUAUCAUAGCUGCACGUGUGUCCUAUAUUUACAACCUGCUGGGCCCCUCCAUGUGUGUAGACACAGCUUGCUCCUCCUCUCUCGUCGCCAUCCAUCUUGCUAUCCAAGCUAUCAAAUCAGGUGAUUGCAAGGCUGCAAUAUGUGGCGGUGUCAACAGUAUUUUGUAUCCGCAUAUAUUUAUUCCGUUGAGCAAAGCCCGGAUGGUUUCCGCAACCGGUCAGUGUCAGGCAUUCUCAGACACUGCCGACGGAUAUGCCAGGGGAGAGGGAUGUGGUAUGGUCAUCAUAAAGAGCCUUAAACAGGCAAAACUAGACGGGAACAAGAUCUGGAGCGUGAUGGUUACAGGAUGUAACCAGGACGGUCGCACCGCCACUCCGAUUACAGCGCCAUCUGGUAGACAGCAAUCAGCUCUUCUUGAGCGCGUAUACCAUGACUACAAAGUCGACCCUAGGGUUAUUCAGUAUGUUGAAGCACAUGGUACUGGUACACCAGUCGGGGAUCCUAUCGAAGCCAACAGCUUGGGAGCCUUCUUUUCUAAAGGAAAAAGCAUCCCCGAAGGCGAAGCCGACGUAAGGAUAGGAUCGGUUAAGACAAACAUCGGUCACCUUGAAUCGGCAGCUGGCAUUGCUGGUCUCAUAAAAGUUAUGCUAAUGAUGCAGCACGGCAAAGUAGUUCCCUCCCUUCACUUUCGAAAUUCAAACCCUAAGAUAAAUUUUGGCAACUUCAACUUUGAAGUUGCCACCGGCAUUACGGAUUGGAACCCUCUUCCUGAUGGAACCAGGAUGUCGUGUGUAAACUCCUUUGGAUUCGGUGGUACCAAUAGUCAUGCAAUCAUCAAACAGCUCCCGAACACAGAAAAAAAGCACCACAAUUCUUGUGAAGAUGAAAAGUCUAUUGACCACUUUGUGACGCUGUCAGCAGUUGAUAUUUCUUCCAUCAAACUAGGACUAGAGAGAUUUGCCGCUAAGCUGAAGACUGGAAUGUACAAUAUCUGUGACGUGUCCUAUACGUCCAUCAUGAGGAGAGAUCACUUCGGUUAUCGCGUGGCGUUCUCAGCAAAAGACUGUAUGGAACUUGCUGAAAAAUGCGAAAAACAGGCGAACUCGAUUAAGUCCGUCAAAGCCCCUGGAUUCAGCAAACCAAACAUAGUCUUCUUGUGCUGUGGCGUUGGAACUUCUUGGAAUGGGAUGUGUAAAGAAAUGAUGGAAAAAGAACCCGUUUUUCGUUCUGAAGUUGAGAAGGUAGACAGUCUCCUGCGCCCUCUUUGUGGCUGGUCCAUCGCAGACCGAUUCCGUGAUGGGAUAGACGUACAAGACCCCCUCACAAGCCAUUUGGCAAUAUUUACUUGUCAGAUAGCACAUGCAAAGCUUUGGGAUUUCUAUGGUAUUUCACCUGACGCAGUACUUGGCCAAUCAGUAGGAGAGGUGGCAGCAGCUUGUAUAGGUGGGGCGCUCUCUCUUUCGGAUGCAGUCGAGGUUAUCUACCAUCGAUCAAGGAUACUCGCCAAUGCUACUGGUGGUAAAAUGAUGGUAGUUGGAAAAUGUCCAGUGGAGCAUGUGCAAGCGGUUUGUGACAAAUUUCCUGGACAAAUCAACAUAGCUGUACAGAAUAGUCCGGUUAGUUGUACGCUUUCUGGUGAUAGUGAUGUCAUAGAUGAGGUAAAAAGUCUGCUCACAGAAGAUGAAGAAUUGAAGGACAAACCUUUCAUCAAACAGCUUGACGUAAAAUGUGCUUACCACAGCCACCACACAGAACAGGCAAGUAUCGAACUAGAGACCCAUUUAGAUGGCUUGUCAGGGCAACAGCCAACAUGCUCCCUUAUCUCGACAGUCACUGGUGAAUUGGCAAAGGAUAAAGACUUUACAACCGCAGAAUAUUGGAAAAAGAACGUCAGAAUGCCUGUUUUGUUACAAAAUGGAAUUGAAGCAGCAAAGAAAGAAGGUCCCUUUAACAUAUAUGUUGAGAUUGGUCCUAGGCCUGUUCUUCGUGCCCAUUUACCUGACAUAAUCGAACCAAAAGAGGCCGGUGCAUUUGGUUCAAUGACGACAGAAAAGGAGCAUUCUACUAUAUCUACAUCUUUGAUGGAGCUGUACAAAGUAGGUUGCAAUCCUAACUGGGACAAUCUCGUCACACAUGGUGGACUAACCGACAUUCCUACUUAUGCUUUCAAUGAGGUGAAAUCACUUUUUGAACCUGACACACGACGGUUGAUGGUUCAGGGUAUUGGCAACACAAAUACAAAUCACUUGUGCGUAGAACGGAUGCCGGGAGACGGAAUUCAGUUCAGGAUUGACAUAAACCCAUCCAAAACACCGUUUGUGUAUGAGCAUGUAGUUGGUGGUACUAUUUUGCUUCCCGGAGCCUUCUAUUCAGACGUUGCCUUAGAGAUAGGAAAACAGGUUUUCGAGACAUCCAUGCAAAAUUUACAAGUAACAACACGGUUUCUGCGUCCUUUGAGACUAGUGCAAGGAAAAGCUAGCGUUCCGGAGGCGAUUGUGACAGAAGAAACACAGUCUAAAGCAACAUUUGGAGUUUUCAACAAUGAUGAAAAAAUUGCUCAUUGUACUAUUUCAACUGAUAUCAGUGAGAAUAGUCCCAAGCAUUUGAAUCUCUUAUCAAUCAGAAAGCGUUGCAAGUCAAGCCAGACUGCAGCAGAAACAUAUAGUAAACUUGAAAGCCUUGGUUUCUCAUAUGGAGAUGAUUUAAAGAUCAUUGGUGAUGCAGUUAGGAACGAAACAGAAUGUUUGGUUGACAUCAACCUGACAGAGGGCAUAGUUCGAGAUCUGCAAAAUACCAAUGUCCAUCCAGCAGUUUUGGAUGGUCUUCUUCAAACAUCAGGCGUUCUCGACAUAGAAGCAGACAAUACAAUGACAGUUCUACCUGGAGGAAUAGGACGUCUCAGGAUCAACAGGCCCCUGGAACGACACAUGUAUGCAUAUGUUCAAAUGGUCGAAAGAACGGAGGAAAGUAUGACAUACAAUGCCUUACUGUUAUCAAAAGAUGGUAGUGUUAUCGUCGAAAUCAAAGAUUUCCUGGUGGUUAUAAUUGGCCCACAACAGGAGAGCAAGAAAAAAAUGGCAUACCGAAUACAAUGGCAGAGGAAAAAGGCAUCAGUAUCCAAUGGAAAGGAAGCUGAAAAGGUUACAACGGUCAUUGUGACAUUGGUGAAAGACAAGGCAGACGAACUGGCAGAAAGUUUGUCAAAUACUGACGCAACGAUUAUCAAUGCCGAAAAAAAAUCAUUUAAGGAUGAUCUAAGCGCAAUCUUAAACGACGCACAGCGACGACCGCAGGUUUUGAUAUUCAUCGCAGAAGCUCAGGAGGGCGUCAGUGACUCUGGAAGUGAUGAGAUAUAUCAAGCUGUCUUAAGAAACUGCAGUACAAUGCUGGGCAUAUCACAAACCAUGGCACAGGUCAAUGUCACCAUACCGGUAUUCGUGGUCACAAUGGGAACUCAAGAAACUCGUAAUACUGAUGCUACUGUAUUCGGUGUGGUGGGAGCGGAGCUGUGGGGGAUGGUGAGAUGUAUAAUACGUGAACAUCCACUAAAUGUCACUCUUCUUGAUACUCAUCUUUCCUUGAAGGAUACAGCUCCACUUGUCCGCACUUUGAUGGCUGGAGGCAAUCAAACGCUGCAGGAUCUACCGGAACUGUUACUUCUAGAAGAUGGCAUUUUUGCAAAUGAGUUUGCCGAAGACGACGAAGAAGGGUGCAACUCUAGGUGGGUAGACUUUGACGAAGGAUUCGAGCUCCAAUUGAAAAGCAGACACCCUGAUGACAUUCAGGACACGUUCUACAUCAUACAGCAGUCACAAAGUAGUUCUGGAAAUCAUUUAAAUUUAACACUGGAAACCGUGGUUCUACAUGAUCCUGAUGUGUACCCACUCACCCUUCAGUCUGCUGAGAGUAGUGUUCCAUUGUGGAUAGAAGACAAUGAAGAUGGGUUUGAUAUACUAACAUUUGAAGCUCUGGGAUAUCCUACAGAGAAAAAACAGGAACGUCUCGUGGCUUGCUAUCCAAUGAGUGUUCAAAGUAAAGUAACUGUUCCAAAGGAAUGUACUUGCAGGAUUGAUGAUAUUUCUGGAUACAAACCAGGUUUGCUCCAACUUGCAGCGGUUGUUUGGCAACUGAAGGAAACUGUUACAAAAACAUCAAUCACAAUCGUUUCACGCAAAAAUGAUUCGAACAUUACUCCCUUGAUGUUGAAAUCGAUGCUUAGUACGAGUGAGGGUUUGGAUUCAACAUGUGUAACGUAUGAAGACCUUUGUAACAGUUCCACAGGAACCACAGCAGAAACACUCGUUGUCUUAUCAAGUGUAAAUGGACAGGCACUUACCAGAAUGCUUGAAACAUGCACAAAUGUGAAAAGAGUGUUGUCACUUCAGAGAUAUCUCCCAAAAGCCGUUGUUCGUUCUGCGGAACGAUUGCACCCGGACAUUCAGUACAUUACUUUGGACAACGAAGAAAUGCUUGGACAAAAACAGUUAGAAAAGACUGUACCAAGAGUUAUCAAAUGGCUUAUGAAAAACGCUGACAAACUAAAUGCAGAAUCGGCCGUACUUGGUAAAACCAUGCACCUGACACGACAAAAUACAGACAAAAGCAGUGAUAACAAAAAGCUGAAAAUUUCUAAAGAACAAGCAGUACGACGGGAUGGUUGCUAUGUAGUGACGGGGGGCCUGACAGGCCUUGGAUGGGAAAUUGUCCAGCAUCUAGCGCGCCAUGGGGCUGGUCUAAUUGUUACUCUCUCAAGAAGACAACCAGAUGGGGAGAAAAAAGCUGAAAUCAAGCAGUUGGAGGACAAUAGCAAAUCAAAAGUUGCUUCCCUUUCUGCUGAUGUUUCUAAUAGUGAAUCUGUAGAGGAGGCCUUUCGUACUAUACAGUCAAACUUUCCUCAGUACAAAAUCAAAGGCAUAUUUCAUGGGGCUGGUGUGCUUGCAGAUUCAAUGUUCUUUAAAAUGACAGAGGAACAUCUUCGAACCGUACUUUUGCCAAAAGUUGUCGGAAGCUGGAACCUUCACAAAGUAUCAAAGAAUUUCAAUCUUGACUUCUUUGUCAUGCAUUCUUCAAUGACAUCUGUUAUGGGAAAUAUAGGACAGAGUAACUACGGAGCUGGCAAUUCAUUCAUGGACUCACUUGCGCACCUCAGGAAAGCUAGUGGAAUGUGUGGGCAGAGCAUCAACUGGGGUCCUUUGUCUGUUGGUAUGCUCAAAGACAACAAAACAGAGGAUGACCUUGCCAUGCGUGGAUAUAUCUCUCUUGACGUUCCAAAGAUCCUAACAUGUCUACAAAACGCUAUGAUGAUGGAAGUCCCUCAAAUCACAUAUGGAAUUUUUGAUUGGAACAUCGUAGGAAGAGAAUUGCUCAACCCAGCUAUGAUGAGAGUUCGCCAGAGGUUCAAGACAUUUGUAAAUGCAGGAAAAAGCCGACAAAACAAAACCGCCAUAGAGUUAGACUAUGAUUUGGACAACAUUGAAAAUGUUACAAAGUUUAUUAUAGCUAUUGCUAGCGAGGUUCUCGGCAUCGAUGCGGAUAUGCUUACACCAACCACUGCCUUCAACGAGUUGGGAGUGGACUCCAUGCUUGCCAUGACUUUCGCUAACCAAAUCGCGGAGGUCACCAAUUGUCAGAUACCAAUCAUCAUGCUGAUGUCGGAGGAUACGACGAUUGGUAGUAUCGCCGAGUACCUGAUGGAGAAUAUGUCGGGCGAGGAAGAAGAAGACGAAAGUAUGGAACACAAACUUACCUAUUCGGAGAAGAGGUACUACGACAAGUUUCUGAAUGAUCCCAUGUCGCCAGGACUUUUCAUUUGCCUAGAUAUUGACGUCAUUAUAUCAAUUGCUAUUCCAGAGAUAUGGAAAAGUUUCUUGUAUCAGAUUCACGGAAAAUAUCCAUUGAUGAGGACCUUGUUUGUACCAGAUGAAGACAGCGAAUCGAAAGACGAAAUGAAGAAGAUCGUCAUCUCACCGGAGGAUGUGGAAGUAGAUUUCCAAGAGGUACCUUUGCGAGAAAUAAACUCAAGAGAUCGUGUUCCAUCUCCCCGAGAACGGUAUAUGUUCAACCCUGCCAAAGACUUACCUCUUCGUGUUCUUUACGCAAACGAUGGCAAAAAAUGUCGAAUGCGCUUCGUCUUUAAUCAUUUGUGCUUUGACAACACGUCUGUGAUGCUUUUCCUGGGAGAGAUUCAAUCAUUUGGAAGGACAUAUCCGGACAUUUCUAUCACCAUGCCUACAACGACAUAUGAUAUUCCAAAAAUGGUAUACAAACGUCUCAAGAAAGAUGCAACUCCGAUGGAAACCUUCUGGAGGAAUAGAAUCCCGAACAAUCUUCAACCGGUAACGUUCUUUCCAUCAUCUGACUAUAAGUGUGAUCCAACAAGGGUGGCCUUUGCGAGGAUACAGACACCUAAGAAGCUGAUUAUGAAAAUAUCACAGCUUGUCCAAAAGAACAACUGGACGCUUUUUCAGUUCAUGCAAUCAACUUACCAACUCUUUCUCCAUUUGCUUCUCGGAGUUGACUGCGUUCCGCUUCUGACUAUCAUUGACCUGAGGCUGCAUUUCCCUGCCCUCAACAAGGACAUAUCUACCCUUGUGAAUACGGUUCCGCUCUUUCAAGAGUUUAGCAACCUUGAUCAAAUGCUUAUUGAUAUGAUCACGCAAAAUGCGUCUAAGACCAGGAAGUGCUUGGAGAAUAGCCUGUUCCCUCUAAAAGAAAUAGAGGGAAUUAUUGCGGAACAACUAGAACCUCUUUCAGUGCUUAGGCAUCAGAUCAUUUUUGAGGAAUCAAGCGUGUCAAAGGAGGUAAGAAUGGAGGACACAAACCUCGAAGAAGUUUUACCAGACUCGGUUUUGAAAGGUUCUAACUCACAAAAACCGAUGAUACAAAUGGUAAACACACUAACCGGAAGCUACAGCAAGGAAAGCGUGAUGCGCGUUUGGCACGAUAGGACAACACACGAUAUUGACCUUGAACUUGAAUACAACUCAAGUUUCAUUGACAAGAAGGCUGGGAAGGACUUCUUGAACGCCUAUGUCAAACUGUUGGAGAAACUAGUCAGAAAACCUCAACUCACCAUUGGAGAUGUAAAAGAGCAGCUCGGUCACAAAUUCCAAAAGAAAGGUAGAGGUUUCUCCGCAAAACUGAGGAAGCGGCAACGGAAGCUGGGCAAUUCGGAAAUGUCAUACGGAAAUACUCCCCAACAAACAAUCCAUCACGGAUCGUUUUACAAACAGACGUCGAGUGGCUGGGACCAUAAGGUGGAUCUGUCCCUUCUUGAUGUUGGUCCGAGCGGGAAGUCGUUUAGUGUCUUGAGAUGGGGAGAGGACGGGGAAAAGGAGCUCAACUUCUCCAAAGUUUCGGAGAUAAGAAAAACGUCCGUCGGAGAAAUGCAAGUUCUGAUAGUCAAGAAUGGAAAACGUGACUUUGUAUUCAAAACACCUGAUCCAUAUCUCCUUGAUGACUGGGUCAAUUUAAUCAAGCCGCGACUCUCAAAGGUAUCUGACAGUUUUGAAGAAAAACCGAAUAAGACCAUGAUGCUCGAAAACGGACCUUCAUCGACCACUGUCCUUGAUAGUGACAUCAUCUUGAACCGAUCAGAGUCACGUGACAGCGCUUACGACACCAUAGACGAGGAAGAUGAAAAUGUGAUGGUACCACGUUUAACCCAACACUCGUCUCAAAAUGGGCUCUUUGAUGCUCCCCAAACAUAUCUCUAAUCUCUGAUCUCAUGACGGACUAUGGUUCUAAAUCAGACUGAAAACUGUAAAACCAAUGCAUUUUCAUAUAUGAUUUUGAUAUUAUACAUAAUAGUAUUACUGGAAAGGUUUUGAUUGGUGUCAUUGUUUCUUGUGUAGAUACAAACAAUAAUGUUUAAAACCAAGUUUUGAUA